UGGACGGGGCAUUCAUCGUCGUCAUCAUCGUCGUCGUCCUCGUCGUCGUCGGCGACGGAAGCCAACAAUUUUGCCAUUGAAACAAAACGGGAGGCAAGCUAGCCUGAUGGCAGCUCUGGUACCAGCAGUCUGCUUUUCGUCCUGUUGCUGUCGUGUGUGCCGUAUUCCGCCGGUGCCGUGUCCUACCUAGAGAUACCGAGUUGUUCCGGAGGGUGCCGUGUUAGGUCUCUAGUGAUUCCUAUCUCCUAGGGGUCCAUCGUGCGUCGUCGUUGUUGUCGUCGGUUACGGAACACUAAAGUGGCGUACGAGCGCGAUUUAUCUUGGCCGCACGGGACGGGUGCCGGAGGCGGCCACUACACGCUACCGUGAUCGAUCGUGCGCUGAACUGGAAAACGGGAUCGCGCGUUUGAUUUUCGCCGUCGCGACAAGUGGCAUGCGUGACGCACACUUCGCUCGGUGUGUUAAUUGAUAUUGAAGGAGUGCGUGAGCUGUACGAAGUGAGAAUUCAAUUUAUGUCGAACGACAUUCGUGUGAUGGAACAUCAUACAAAUCAGUGACUGUGGAGCGCGUCCGCCAUCGCAUCACGGACACUGGCAGUUGCAGUGUUGUUCGGUUUACCAUUGUGUGAAACACGGUGUAUAAUCCUCUUCGCUCAGUGAGUUCGGCAUAAAGUCGAUAAGUGCAAGUUCAACGACAACAGCAGGCGGUUCGUCAUCAAUCUACCUACACACCUAACUAGCCGGGGGCCAAGAAGAUCCGCCCAUUCCAGACCAAAAGUUGCAAAGUGAUCCGAAAAAGAAAGUUACCCAUUUUCACAGCACAAAAGAAUCACAAAAGGUUCUCACUCCCCUGAUUGUUGCUCGAAGAAAGUUUGAUUACAUUUUUCAGGGUAAAAAAAACUCGCAUAUAGAAAGGAAAAAUUGAAAAUCAACCCAACGACGAGCGGAUAGUGUUGGUGGCUGUGUUUCUCCAGAGAAUAUCAACAUCACGAACCAUUCUGAAUGAAUUCAAGUGUAACAGUGAAAAUUUAUUGCAAUAGUGAUAGAAGACUAGUUUUAAGCGUUCGUUUGUGAAAAAAACAAAAACCUGUUGGUGAAAGCCGUGAAAUUAAAUCUGUUGCGCUUUGCCAGUCCCAGUUGAAUCGCACAACCUUCCCCCAUCCCGUCCCUUCAUCGGGAAGUUUUGCCGGGAGGAGCAAAACCUAGCCAGGCACAGUAUUGUUGCUGCCACUAUCCCCGUUUGUGUUCUUCGUGCUGCUUUUCUUUCUACUGCUGUUCGAAUUAUCCCGACGCCAGGAGGAGGAAGACCACGAACACGAACGUCAUCACACUUCGGCGGCACGCCUCGGCCGCCGAAAUCAUCAAUCCCUUCAUCGUCAUUCCCAGUACCAUUCCCCCCAGAAGCAGCAAGCGUGCUGUUCGACAUCCAGCUCCGGUGGUCCGGCUGGAUACGGAACGUCCGGAAGCAGUUCGAGAGCCGAGGAUACUGGUGCAGGGCCCUCGGUGUCGUCGCCGCUGAUUGCGAAAUUAAUACCAAAGCGAGGCUUCUUCACUAUGCCGCGACAGUAUCAGUGCCAUUCCCAGUCCAUCGAAAUGGAUGUGUACGACACGGAAGGCGAACCCACCGAUGAUCAGCCUUUCGUGUCCAAAAAUGAAAAACUGGAUACCAACCUGUACCUAUACUCGGAUGAAAUUCAAGAACGUCCACAAAUCACAACGCUUAUUUCGUCCCUGGCAAACUACUCGAAUACAAUCCCUGCACCGACGGACCCAGAUGCGAAGCCAGCGCCUGCCUCCGCCCGAAUGGGCACACUCAUUGGUGUCUAUCUGCCGUGUAUACAGAAUAUUUUCGGUGUUAUUUUAUUCAUUCGUUUAACAUGGGUAGUCGGUACGGCUGGAGCUAUUUAUGGGUUUUUAAUUGUGUUAUGUUGUUGUUGCGUGACUAUGUUAACUGCCAUUUCGAUGUCUGCGAUUGCCACGAACGGGGUGGUACCUGCGGGCGGGAGCUAUUUCAUGAUAUCGAGAUCGCUCGGGCCCGAAUUCGGUGGCGCUGUCGGGAUGUUGUUCUAUACCGGGACAACACUAGCGGCUGCCAUGUACAUAGUCGGUGCGGUUGAAAUCGUCCUGACCUACAUGGCUCCCUGGCUGUCGAUAUUCGGCGAUUUCACCAAGGACGCAUCGGCGAUGUACAACAACUUUCGCGUCUAUGGCACCGGUCUGCUCUGCGUAAUGGGUCUGAUCGUCUACCUGGGCGUAAAAUUUGUGAACAAAUUCGCAACCGUCGCGCUGGCCUGUGUUAUAUUCUCCAUCAUCGCGGUGUACGCCGGUAUCUUCAACAACAUCGACGGCAACGAUAAGCUAUUCAUGUGCGUACUCGGAAAGCGUCUACUGAAGGAUAUCCCCAUUGACAACUGCACCAAGGAAGCAGGCGGCCCACUGUACAACAUAUUCUGCGAAAAUAGCGAAUGUGAUCCCUACUUCAAAGAACAAAACGUUUCGCUCGUUCGAGGUAUCAAGGGACUUAAAAGUGGCGUAUUUUUCGACAAUCUUUUCUCAUCAUUCUUGCAAGAAGGACAAUACAUCGCCUACGGUAUGGACCCAGACCACAUCGAACCGCUAGAUCGACCGACGUACAACCAGGUCUACGCCGAUAUUACCACCGCUUUCACGAUAUUGAUCGGCAUCUUUUUCCCGUCGGUGACAGGUAUCAUGGCCGGUUCCAAUCGAUCCGGGGAUUUGGCUGACGCACAAAAGAGUAUUCCAAUCGGUACAAUCGGUGCCAUCCUGACCACAUCGAUCGUGUAUCUGUCCUGUGUGAUGCUGUUCGCCGGAACGGUUGACAAUUUGCUGCUGCGUGACAAAUUCGGACAGUCGAUAGGCGGAAAGCUGGUCGUAGCGAACAUGGCCUGGCCGAACCAGUGGGUCAUUCUGAUUGGAUCGUUUCUCUCGACGCUGGGCGCUGGGCUGCAAAGUUUAACCGGUGCCCCGAGGCUGCUGCAGGCCAUCGCCAAGGACGGCAUCAUCCCAUUCCUCGAACCGUUUGCCGUGUCAUCGAAGCGUGGUGAACCGACGCGUGCCCUCAUCCUAACACUGCUAAUCUGUCAGAGUGGCAUCCUGCUCGGAAAUGUCGACCUGCUCGCCCCGCUGCUGUCCAUGUUCUUCCUGAUGUGCUACGGGUUCGUCAAUUUGGCCUGCGCCGUCCAGACGCUACUGCGGACACCGAACUGGCGACCACGCUUCAAGUACUAUCACUGGUCAUUAUCGCUCGUCGGUUUAACCCUGUGUAUGUCGAUUAUGUUCAUGACAUCUUGGUACUUUGCACUGAUCGCGAUGGGUCUGGCGGUGCUGGUUUACAAAUACAUCGAAUAUCGCGGAGCGGAAAAGGAAUGGGGUGACGGAAUCCGUGGUAUCGCCCUGUCCGCGGCUCGCUAUUCGCUGCUUCGCCUAGAGGAAGGUCCACCGCACACCAAGAACUGGCGACCGCAGAUUCUGAUGCUGGCUAAACUGAACGACGACUUUACACCAAAGUACCGCAAACUAUUCUCCCUCACAUCACAGCUAAAAGCUGGCAAAGGUUUGGUUGUGGUCGUAUCGCUGGUCCCGGGUGAUUUCACUAAACGAGCUGGCGAAGCGGCCGCUGCCAAACAGGCUCUCCGCAAAACCAUGGAAGAGGAAAAACUGAAAGGAUUUUGCGACGUGAUGGUCGCGACCAACGUUGCCGACGGACUGUCGCAUGCCGUCCAAACCAUCGGUCUCGGUGGCAUGAAGCCGAACACUGUGAUACUUGGUUGGCCGUACGGUUGGCGCCAGAGCGAAGACGAUCGCACCUGGCACGUGUUCCUGCAGACGGUUCGCAACGUUAGUGCCGCUCGAAUGGCUCUGCUAGUGCCAAAAGGAAUCAACUUCUUCCCAAUGUCACAAGACAAGAUUUCCGGAAACAUCGACAUCUGGUGGAUCGUACAUGACGGCGGUCUGCUGAUGUUGUUACCUUUCCUGCUGAAACAGCAUCGCUCCUGGAAGAACUGCAAGAUGCGCAUCUUCACCGUCGCCCAGAUGGAGGACAAUUCGAUCCAGAUCAAGAAAGACUUGAAGAUGUUCCUCUAUCACCUGCGAAUCGAGGCGGAAGUAGAAGUCGUUGAAAUGAUGGAUAGCGAUAUCUCGGCAUAUACUUACGAGCGAACACUGAUGAUGGAACAACGCAACCAGAUGCUUCGGAAGCUGCGGCUUAAUAAGCGGGAAAAGGAGAACGUCGUGGAAAACAUGGUGGAAUUCAGCCAAUCCACAAACGGAGAGGAUCGAACGCCCCUGGUACAAGCAAUCGUCGAUCAUCACCACAACAUAGAGAGUAAUGCUAAGACGGCUUCCAAAGUUCGGUUCGCAGAUCCAGCGGAAAAUAAAGAUAUCUUCAAUGACGACGAACGCGAGGAAAAGAAUGAGACUGAAACCGAGAAGGACAAGGACACCAAGGAGAGUGAGAGUGACAAGGAGUCGGGUAAUGAAAGUUCCGAACAGAAGGAGCAGACGCCAAAGCUUGCCAACAAUAUCGCCUCGCCCGGCAAAGACAGCAAGAAGGGCGCCGGGGACGAAACGCCCAAAUCGCCUAGCAAAGCUAGUUAUAAGCCUGACGAAGGCAACGUGAGACGAAUGCACACGGCUGUGAAGCUCAACGAGGUUAUAGUCAACAAAUCACAUGACGCUCAGCUGGUCAUACUGAACCUUCCUGGCCCACCGAAGGAGACGCGUAUGGAGCGUGAAAGCAAUUAUAUGGAAUUCCUGGAAGUUCUGACCGAGGGUCUGGAACGGGUGCUGAUGGUACGGGGAGGCGGAAGGGAAGUCAUCACCAUCUACUCUUAAGAACCUACCGAUUUCCCUCCUUGCUCCUUCCGGUCGCUGCGAUACGGAGGAUCAACAAAUAUGCUGCACCGGUCAGCACGGUAUCAAUUACGCUUCUACAUCGUCGUCGUCUUCGGUGCCACCGAUGUCGCGUCGCCAUCGUCGUCGUUGUCAUUACACAACAAAAACCCGCAACACACACACAUGCAUUACGAGUACACGAAUUCCACACAUACAUACACACAUAAUGGCGAACACAGCCUCUCGCGUACACGAAACUACCAACACAUGAAUGCGUAUGUGACACAAACAUUUUUCUACACUCGAAAAUGACAAACAGAAAACAGUUAAGAAACCAAAAACAAAAAGAUAGUAAUUAGAGGCAAACUGUGAAAUCUACUAGUUCUAGGUUAUAAUAUCGAAAAAAGCAAACCCUAAUGAGAGGAUGAGAAGUUCUAGAAGAAACUAUCGUAGGAGUACGCAUGUAUCGCGAUAGAGUUUGACAACUGUGAAACAGAUUAGAUUAAAGAAGAACUAAUAACUAGUACGAGUAAACUUCAUCCAGAAAGUUGGUGCGAAUCAAAUUGAUAUACUUAGUUCUAAGGUUCAGCAAGAUGCAUAAGAACGCCAUUCUUUAAACGAACGAAGACAAGCAAAAUAGUGAUGUGUUCCGCUUUAUUUCAUUCAAAUUGUUUAGUCCAAUUGCGAAGAGCAUAGAUUAUCGUUAAAACUUUUCAAAACCAGUGUCAGCGCAAUACAUAUACUCAUCAUUGCGACUUUUUGCGAUCACUGAAAAAUGUCUUCGAAAGGCACGCCGUCGUAACUCAACCAUAAAUAAAGUAAGGUUUGGCCCCUGAACAACCAGAAUAUCAACAGCAAAAACGAAAGAAUAACAACAAUCGGCUAAUUACGUUAUACUCUUAAGCACGAAAAUCAAAUAGACAGUCAAACUAAAGAAAUCGGACACAACAAAACCAGAACUCAGAAAAUGACGCCUUUUAUCAGCUCUAAUAUUUGUGUGUACGAGUAGAAGGAAGAAACAUUAUUUGCGUUUUCUCACAACAGACAACCCUUCCUCCAUGGAUUUCGGUCCACAUCGGGAAGAGGUAUGGGUUUCUUAUGCUACGUUCAUAGUUUGUAGGCUACACUAUCGAGAAACUAUCAUAGGAAAGCGAUAAGUAUUAAUUUACGCCAAUUUGUUUCAACCAAAUAGAAAUGUUUAGUCAAAAUAGUUCAAUGAUAAGCGCGAGCAUAGCGAUGCGAAUCAUAUACACACUGUAUUUUAUUUCUGUGCCAACAGAACGUUUAUAUUUUAUGUGAUUAUGAUUAUUUUAGUUUAUUGCUCUGUUGAAAGUUGAAAUGAAGAUCCUGUUGCAGCGGUUUAGCAUUUGAUUUCUCAGGCUUUCAGUUUGAUUUUGUUUAGAGCAGAAAGAACAUCCUUUUUUGUUUUGUUUCUAAGGCUGACGAGUGGUACGCUUCGAGUCCGGUACCACAUGUCUCCACCGGUCAGUGUUCAGGUGGAAUCGUGUAUGUAGUGCUUUGUUGGAUUUGGAGCUCCGAAUGUUGAAGUAAUUGAUAGAAGACGACCAUUCACUAGACCUCUAGACUAACAGGACUACGCCUUGUUGCAUAAAACAGUACAAAAUCAACCACCACCAUCAAGAAGGAAAGCAAAACCAGCGCAACAAAACUGAGAAUAGUUAACUAAAGUUAAUUACCCAUGCAAUUGAAGGCAAGUUUUGGAACAGAAGCUUGACAGACCCAUAUUUACUAGGAUCAUUUGAAAUUUUAUCACGUACUUGGUACGGAGUGGAGCGUAGGCAAUGCUAGUGUUGUAAAUUGUUAUACUAGUUUAAUAUAUUUUCUUUUUCGUUUUACAGUGUAAAUUCCAACCGAAAGCACAUAUAGGGACACCGUAUUUUUUUUUUGUUUUGUGCGUCUAAACCUGUGAGGUAUUCAUCAUUCAUUAUUUUUACAGAGGUAAGUUAUGAUGCAUCCAUAAUUAUAAUUUUGUUAAAAUUUACAAAGCGCAAUCCAAUGAUUGUAUUGUUUAUAACAUUGAGAGCAUUGAAAACACUGAAUAUAUCCCGAUUUACAUCGUCAAAAACGCAUUACGGUAUCAAUAUAUUGAAAGUUAUUUCGUCUAGCACCUUGUUUUCUCACAGGUUUUGCUUGUAUUUAGGUAGCUCGAUUUUCACAAAUUUAAUAAGAAUCUAGAACUUAGUUCAUUUGUCGCUUAUGCAAACCACUUUAGGCCUACUCUUGAACACACAAACAGCAUACAGAGGUACACAAAACAGAAAUAUGUAUGAAAUAGAAUAUAUAGAAAGCGUGGAUACAUUCUCCGAAAAUUAACAUGUUUAAGACUGUAUUUUUAUUUUCAACCAAUCUGUUUUACUGAUUGUAGUAUUUUUUCUUAAGAAUGAAACGUAAUAUUAAGGAAAAAUUGUUCUAUACAAAAAAUUAUUGAAAGAACAUUUACAAAGCAUAUUACCGAUUGCAUCAAAAGUACGUGCCGAUCGACGCAAACUGCAGCGGAAAUAGCGCGUUAGGGAUGAUAUAGGAAAUCCAAAAUAAUACACUAUUUUAGAAACGUUGCAAAACACGGAGCAAAUACGAUAUUAUAUGAAACUAAUCUAAAUGUGCUAGGCAGAAAACAAGAACCUAUAUAAUGAAAUGAUCAUUUACUAUAAUUAAUUAAGAUCUCUCUUUCACGAAUAUACGAACUGCCUAAAUCUUUUAGCGCAGUUUUAUGUAUUUGAAAGAAGAAACGACACACUCAAGAAAUUAACAUAAUUUUAUUAAAGGUUACUUUAAAUGCGAAUAUUGAAAACGGAACCGUUAGCGGUAGAAAUGAAAAUUAGAACAGGUUCAACGCGGUGAAAAAUAACCUAAGGUUAGAUUUAGGGUAUAAUACUUUUUCAGGUAAUUGAAUGUAUCUGUUAGUAACAAUAAUUAAAGCCGUUAUUAUUUGAAGAGAUUAUUGAACAAAUGUUAAGCAUGUAAAAAAAUUAGGAGAAAGAUCCAAAACACAAACAAAACUCUUAAACACCAAAGCAUUGAUCAAAGAAAAACUCAAGCAACGUAGAAUCUAACUUAAGAAAUCAGAACAAAAAUGUAAGGAUGCCGACAUGAAUGACAAAAUCGAACAAUCAAAAAAGAGUGUAGAAAUGCAGUGCCAGGAGCGGUUGAGUUAACGAAAACUCAAUCGAUAAAAAAGUUGGAUCGUGCAAGUUUUUCUUCGAGCAAGACACUUGUGGUGUUUUGGGAAAAUAUAGCUCAUUUACUGUGAAAAUCAAAUUUGACAAAUACGUAUAAAAUAAUAAUAAUAAUAAUAAUAAUACUAAUAAUAAUUAUAAAAGCAUUGACACCGGAGUCCGAUAAGGUACAGCCAAACCGGAGCAAUUAUUUUUCAGUUAUUAUCGUUUCAAUUGAACUAAGCAUUUUUAACAAUAAGGCAGUAGAAUCAAAGCCCAUAGUAGGCUGAAACCGUUCGCAGUUCAUUCUCCACAUCUAACUUUUGUUUGUAAUUAUUUCCCUACGCAAUUAUGUUGAAGUACUGAAGUCUUGAUCCUCUAUACGAUUCAUAAGCAUCAUUCUUUAAGGAUUUAAAUUACCAAACGGAAACUUAAAAUAAUGAAAUUUAGGAACAACACACUUUAGAUACAGAUUCGAAAUUGAGUAAGCUGUAGAUAAAUGAAGAAAAAACUGAAUGUUUCAAACCAUCAUAUAGUAUAGCAGGUAAGUGCGCGUGGAAGAACAUUCUCUUAGUCAAGUAAUCUGAAACGAUAAGAUUUACAGUAUAAAAGUCAAGUUUUUAAAUUAUAGUAAAACACACCUAUAGCAUGUUACCACUUUUAGAGUAGAACGACACAAAGACAUAAGGCGAAUCAAAUUAAUAUUUAAAAAAGAACAAUGCAGGCGAGAAGAAAAUAUCUCAAACGGGAAAAGAAAACCAAAAAACAAAAAGAAAAUUUUAAAAGCAAUAAAAAGAAGUUCUACGAAGAUAUGAACAAGAAAAAAUAGUUAAGAUAAUAAAACGGGAAUGGGUCAUUACGUGCACCGCUCAGAAAGGGACGGAAAGUUUCGCAUACGGAAGUAGUUAGAGACACUGUACAGUAUACCGCUCUCAGUUGGAUGUUAUAUGGUUUUUGGGGAUUUAGAUUGAGAGCCAGAAUAGGGCACGGUUAAAGGCGAUCGGGUAAUAAAAACAGUACGUUUCCACUGCUUGAUGUCUGGUGAAUCAUUAAACAAGGGGAACAGGGCAACUAACGUGAAUCCCGACGCUGGCGGAUGGCGAAGGGGAUGAAGAAAAAAAACAGAUCGUGAGCAGAUACGUAACAGCGUUAUGAAAGAAUACCUCGCAGAGAAACGAUUCAAAUUAUUCGCUGAUUUUAUUACGUAUCUAUUUCUAAUAGUUCUUGAUUUGGAUUUUUAUUUUCAAGCCAAAAUGAAGAAUUAGAUUUUAAAUCUAAUCCGCCCAACCAAGGAGCAUGCAGGAUUUUGCAAUAAUUGCUCAAUUUCUGUGCAUCUGUGGAUCUUCACAUUACACUUUGGAGUGCUAUGCUCAAGCAACUUUGGCGGAAUGUCAAUAUCUGCCACCAUUUUUUUUCGUUUCACAGAAUUAUGAGUUUCCCUUAAUUAAACCCAUAAACAGAUUUCAAGUCCACAAGUUGCAGUCUAGUAAUUUAUCAAAGAAUUAUCGCUGAACCUCUGGCCCGUCGUUGAACGUCCUUAUUGAAACCCAACUUGCCAAUAGCCGACAAGCAGUUCAAUGGAAUUAGCCUGUUAAACAGUACACGGGAGAGUACUAGGCCUAUUCAUAAACCGUAUUACGUUUACGGUGCGUCAUUUUCACGGUAACAUCAGAAUAUAAACGUUAAAACGUACAUCAACUAAAUUUUUUUCUUUCCUUUUUUUUGGCAACACCGCGAUCGACGCGUCGGGAUUUUUCCCCCUUCCCAGUAAAGUUCAUCCGGAAAUGAGCCGGGAUUCCGGCUGGUCCCAGUUACUAUUCCGGCCGGAAUACUAGCUGGAACCAGCCGAAAUCCCGGCUUAUUUCCGGCUGAACUUUACUGGGUUCGAAUGAGAUGGCGCUGCUUCGGUAGUGUUUAACGUGAAUUUAAAUGUAUGGGAAAGAUAUUGAAACUUCGGAUUUUGGAGAAACCAUAAUAUUGUAGUUGUAAAAUGGCUACACAUUUGAUGCAGAAAAAAUAUGGGAACAGUCUGUAUAAGUUUAUUUAGAUACUUACUUGAAAAUUUUUAAAUAAAAUCUAAAAAAACUGUUUGCGUCCAUACAUUUUACCCAUCAGUUGCCACCAAGAAAAGUUUAAACUCUUUCUCUCACAACUACCCGGUCAAACCAAUCGGAAUUUGAUUCGGAUUCCUGAAUGAAGUCAGUAUGGAUUCCAACUCAAAUGCAAAAACCGAUUCUGAAACCGAUUGAGUCGGAAUCGGUUGUUGCAUUUGAGUUGGAAUCCAUGCUAACUCCAUUCAGAAAUCCGAGCCGGUUCCGGAAUGAGUUUAACUGGAUCUGUUUCACUCAUUUUGACAGCAGAUUUCUCACUCAUCGCAAUCGCAAUGGUUUCUCUUAGAAUUUCAGCGCAAAUGAGCGCAACCGAUUCGAAAGCCGGUUAAUUCAAAAUGGGUUGUUGCAUUCGGUUGGAAUUCCAUCAUAAAUCAGCCCACAUUCCGAAUCCCAUUUCGGAUGUAAUUUACUGGAAUGAGAUUAUUUUAUGGUGCGGACAUCUAUGUGUCGUCAUGAAGAAGCUCUAGUUUCUUGUGUAUUGCCGCAAGAUGUUCAAAAUAUGGAAAAGCGCGCCCUAUCAUAUAACGUAAUCACAAACGACAUAAACUACUCAAUUGCAAAGGUAUUUUUUUAGGAUUCUUCCGUUUUUGUUUCACGUGAAAGUUUAAUCUACUCCAAAACAAGUCGCGAGUGCGCUUCCGGUGGAGUACGUUGCCCCGAUGUCCGCUGUCGAGCGCAAACGACGGGUUUCAGGUAACGUCGUUUGUGGAGACAGGAGAGUUUCCAGCAACCUAGACGAAUUGAUUAUCUGCUGGAGUGUACUACUUAUUCGCAAAAGUCAUGACCAGAGUUAAAAAUAAACGAAGCUCUUUUUUGACUGCUGAAAAUGAACCUGAUGUGACUCGCGGUGAAUAGAAAAAAUAUUCAUUCAAAUAUCCAUGUUAUUCAUUCAGUUGAAUAUCGUACAAUAUAUUCAUUUCGCUAAUUAUCUAGGAAAAUGUUUUCAAAUGCCGGUAAAGCAUAUGAAACAACUAUCAUCAUCGCUUACAUUGUGCCUGGGCCUACUUUGAUACGUUUGAUUCGUUGCUGCACGGUCGCUUCGUGUAAUAAUCGGAGUCGAAUGAAAAUCUGCAUGGAUGAAUGGCGGUUUGUUCGUUUGACGUUUUCAGCUGCGUCACUGAAUAUUGAAAAUGAAUGCGGCUGAAUAUGGUCAAUUUUCAUUCAAUGAAUUUGAAUAUUUUUAACUCUGGUCAUGACAAUGUUUUGUGUUGCUUUACAAUGCAACACUAGUGAAAAUCAAUAAAGUCGUCAUGCGGUAGUAUUAGUAUCAACAUGAGCAACGAAGAUAUCUGUAGCAGUUGUGGUCGUGAAAGUCCGCCUACAAAGAGGAAAAAAGAAAGAACAAGUAGCAAACAAAAUCGUACGCGGUAAGCUGGGUAUGCUGCGAUGGUUGUCUAGAAUGGUUCCACACAGUAUGUCCGAUUGCCAAACUCAUCGUACCAGAUCUCAAAAACUUCUGGUAUUUCUGCCCAAUAUGUUGGAGGGUAAUUUGAUUCACAACCCAAAUAAACAAGUUCUCCUCCUGACAACACGUUCCACGAGCUGCUGACAAAGCAAAUAAACGCUUUAUCUGCAGAGCUGCUGAAACUCCGAGUAGGAGCUGAGAUCUCUGCACAUGGUGCAAGAAACUGCACGAACGUCUUCGUCGAAAAUCACCGCGCAAAACAUGUUUCUCGAAAACGUUGAACAAAAACGGCUGUUGAAAUGUAAUGUGAUUAAAUGGUCGGUUACUCAAAUGUUCAGUGUCGGUCGUGUCCUAUGCAGUUUUAACAUACUAUCGUAUCACCGACGAACUGACAUGACAGAGGCAUUCGAAAAGUGUCCCAUACCAAAUAACGAUUGUUUUGCAAUGAAGCGAUCAAUACUGAAACUAUGACAGAUCGCUUCGCCAUGUUUGAAUCGGGGCAGGCUUCUCUAUAAGUAUAUUCAUAUUACAGACGGUGUGCAAUUCCCUCAGCUGCGUAUGUAGUGGUAAUAUACAUAAAAAUAGUAUUCAGAACUCAUUGAAAAUGCAUGUAUUCUAUUACUUUUCUGCUUGUAACGGACAGUUUUGUUAAAUAGUGCAUGCAUAGGAUAAUACAAAGCUGGAAAGCUCUAGUCUAGGCUACACAUACACAGCCAAUACAUGUAGGGAUCCUGGAAAACUGCAAACGUUCGCCUACAAUUUUUCUUGUCAAUAUUAAUGUUUAUGGCAUAUAUGGUAUAUGACACAAUCACUAAAGCGGUCAUGCCAACAGUGCAGCGUACAAAAUGAAGAUGAUCAAAAAUUAUACAUCAAUUAUUCAUUUAAUGAAGAAUUUAAUCAACGAAUUAUUUUGAACCUUGAAUAAGGAAGAAACGUGGACAACCGUACCGACCGUUUCAAUUUGAUAGGGGUUUGAUAAAUCAUUGGGAGUGACUUGGCUAAAAGAUUUAAUGUCACUCCUUUGGCCCUAAGUUCUUGGGAUGAGACAGAGGGAUUUAGUUCUGUCCUGACUAAUAAGCCUAGCUUAUAUCACCUUUGUUCGCUCUGUGAAAUAACGAAAUAAAAAAAUGGCGAAAUCGGUUAAUUAGUAUUAGUGGAGGAAUCAAAAUAAAUCCCAUUCCAAUUCAACAGAAAGGAAUAACAAUAUGUAAUAUUAUAAAUAAUACUAGAACGAGCUCACCGAUAAUGAAUACCCGUCGAAGCUGAUACAGAACCUGACACAUCCGUCACCGCUGCUCCCGUUACGGUGCUGACGGGACUGAUUGUAGAUCGCCCGUGAUCCAUCGGUGACCCUGAGUCCUCCUAUGGACUCCAGGCGCAAACCCACAUUUGCGAGUGAGAAACAAAGAACCACAUCCCAAAUGUUUGCUUGUUCCACUCGUUCACUUUCACCAAAAUACGAGUUCUUGAAAGUGCGGGAAAACUCACGCCAAACUUUGAAUUCAGUGGUUGGUCUGUAUUCAUUAAAGGUGCGACACUUGGUGGUAUUUUCCUGAUUGGCGAGGUAUUAAUUUAACAGAUUUGCCAAUUUUUCGUUCCACCUUGUUGAGCAUUUUUGACGAAAAUCUUUUUCUUCGAACUGGGUAUUUUUGUUGUAAUAUUUUUUCGGUUUUUGCUUAAUGGAUUGAAUUAAAAGCCCCGCAUCGGGAGACGACGGUCCGUAAUACCAGAAAAGGAUUUUCACUUCUCACCGUUGAGUCUGAUUUUGGGUAUAUGUCACACGCGUCGAAAUCUAAAGGGGAAAUUUUCGCAAAGGUACUGCGGGGAUAGGAAUAAUGACGGUUUGAGUUUACCGGGUGGCGCAAUACAAAUUCGAUCGUCGAGAUUUAAUAGAUUUUGCAGAGAGCUGAAAAAGACGACUGUUCGCGACGAAGGCGUGACCUACUCCAUCAAGUCUGGAAAAACGAUCUUCAUCAUGCUAAAAGAAAGUUUAAUCGUUCUAGCAUACCUGGUACAACGUCGAUACACAUUGGUUUUUGCGUACUGUUGUGUUAUCGACGAAGACUACCACGCGAAUCAUUAUACAGAUGCCGCUAGGUAACAACGUAUUUUAAUUUAAACAAUUAGGACAAUAUCUGACGCAUUUUUUGUUCCAUGUGGCACGUUGGUUCGUCGGUGAUCGUAUAUGCCAGCGUAGCCACCUCUUAUGAAACACACUCACACUACUACAGCAACAUUUACAGAUAUCUUGAGAGGACUAGCUAAAGUCGUUUACAAUUCCACGAACAUUAAUGCUAAGAGCGCCUCACUCGUAACACCAGAACUACUGGAACCAGAUACUGUAUUCUUUUUCCGGUAUAGCCUGGUGAACCUAAUUAGUGCAAUGACAUGAUGAGGAAACAGAACAGGUAGAAUUGCUUGCAGCGGGAGAAAUCCCCGGCGUAGAGAAAAAAAUGUGCGAAUUCAGUGGAGUCAUCUCGAGGAAUAGCAUACGCAGCGUUAUGGUAAUAAUCGAGAAGCUGAUCAACAAUUUUAAUACCGGAAACAAUGUCUGAAAGUACUCGAUUGCUUUCACGAAGAGUCGCUGUCCGAGUUGCCAUUCUGCGUGUACAAAUCCUUGAUGAAGUUAAAGGCUAGAUUUUCCAGUCAGAAGACAGUUGGUACGUACGUAUGAAGAUGAGUGGCUUGAUCCUCUUGUUGUUCGCGAUCGGUGUCAACGAACUGUCUUCCCAGCAGCGAAUAGUACAAUCACUGUCGGUCGCAUUCUUCGUCUAGUUCUGGUUAUUUUUCGUCGGCCUAUUUCCGCUACGAGGCCAAACACCAACGCCAUGACGUGACGACUCCCACCAUCUGGACGAGAUAUCGACCCAUCAACUCAUGGACCGGGGACCAACGGCUUUACUUCCCUUCCGAAGGAAGGCGUGACCUCAGAUUUUUCUAACCUCAGAAAAAUCUCAACGACCUCGACUACGAUUGAACCCAGACCAACUGGGGUGAGUGGCGUGCCAGUCGCAUUGAUCGAAAAAUUCUGAACAUUGAAGCGAUCAUACUUUGCCAAUCAAUUUCAACCUCAUUUUAACAUUUGUGGACAACCUGCGUAAGAAUGUACGGCAUGGAACAUUACAAGAUGACGUCAUCUGAGUAAAAAUGCUCGAAAAACGACAGUCCAGUGAGCUUGUUUACAUGGUGUUAGAAUUUAAAAGCAGUUCGAACCAAGUUUCUUGUAAUGUAUGGAAUCGAAUAAUCGAAUAAAGUGCAAGUAAACAAGCUCUCUCAACUGUCAGAAAAGUGAGGUUAUACAUUUUCAUGCAAUGUUCUAUAACAUUUCCAAAUUGACGAUGCACGAGGAAUACUGCAAAUAUCUCGGCAAAUAGGCUUCAAUGUCGAAUGAGAAUGAAAUCAUGGAAGCGCAAACGUCAAGACCUUUUGUAUCUAUCAAAUGGCCGGAACAUCGGAAACAACCUGACGCCCAGAGCUUACCACAUCAACCGAAGUGAUGGCUGUUGGCAACGAAAACGAUACUAUGGAUGAUUUCAUUAUGAUUUGGUAAACAAACUAAAAUUUCACAAUCAAUAGCAUACUUUGAUCAAGGAGCGGUGCCAGCUUCAAUACAUUUCGGUAACUCUUAUCUGUCAAAAUGAAACAGAGAAAUAUUGGGUAGCGUCAUUUGUUUGUUUUGUGAGUGAAAAAGUUGUGCCCUUUGGAUAGAAUAUUAACGUACUUAAUUUGUAUUUGGUAAAGAUGAUGAAAACGCCUUCGUCGUUUUAGUCCUAGGAACCUACGGUCAUGACAAUCAUGUUUCCGACUCAUGUGAUGGUUCUAGGCAUAAUCUACAGCGAGAAGUAUGAAACGACAUGAUAAAACACUUUGAGACUUUAAACAAAUUACAGACACAAUAACAAGCAAAAUAUAUUUCUUAAAUUUGCUUGUAAUCUCUUUCACAUUGGAAGAUAAAAUAAUUUUCAUCGGCGUAAAUUAGCAAGCCACCGUUCACCGGGAUGAAUGUUGAUGAUUAGUGCGAAUAAUAACGGUCCAAGAGUGCUUCCUUGGGGCACACCACCAAAGAACGAAGAAAGCGAGGCAGAUUCUCAGACUUAGUUAUGUAUUACCUGAAUAGAAUUUAAUCAAAAAUGUUAUCUGAAUUCCUUCACGGCAAGUUGAGUUCACAACAGCUGUCGAUAGAUAGAAUAGAAUCCUUCUUAGCAUGGACAGAAACAGUGAAGCAAAUUUUCAUUUUCAAAUUACAGCUUUCAGUUGAAUCUAUUAUUCACUUUCAAGUUGGCGGAAUUUUCAUGACGUGGUAAGAGUACACAGGAAAUUUACCAGCUUCUGUUUCCCGGGGUUUUUUAUCAUUCGAAGUAAUUUCACCGCAGCAAAUCUAACGAUGCCUGUCUCAAGUCAAUCGUUGAACCAUGUGCAAGGUGAUCGCUAAAAUGAAGACAACAAGCUCAACGGGAUCAAAUGGAAUACCACCAGUUAUUCUGAAGAACAGCCCAAGAAUGGAAAUCUUCAUUCAUGUUUCCAGUUUUCAACAAAAUCAAAACUACCGUGGACAUACAUUCAGGGGCCGACCCAGGGGGACUUUUUUAAAUUGAUUUCAAUUUUAAAUUAGUUUCAAACUCAGUCAUUUCAACCCAAUUUUUUCACUUAUUUUCAUUAAAUGAGGUUAUUACGUAUUACGUUUUGUGUUCAUUUAAAAUCAAAAUUUCAGACGCCCCUCGAAAACUGGAUGUUUGAUUUUAAUAGUUUACCAUACAUAAAACAGUGGACACCAAGUAUCAAGACAUGCUGUUACUCAUUUCGAUCGUCUCAACUGUUUCGAACAAUGGAUCAAAGCGAACUAGACACAAAUUAUAAAAAAAAACCUGAAGUCAUUAUUUGUGAGAGUGAUCAAGCUUGUGGAAGAAAUCAUUUAAAUUUAUUCAUUUUCAAGUUCCAUCGGCCUCUGUCCGCACUGAGUGCCUAUCAUUAACGCCAGAAAGGUUACUCCACUACCUGGACCCUAAAUAUCGGCCCAUCAACACAUGGACCAGAACCAAUGGUUUUAUUUUCCUUCCGAAGGAAGACAUGAAUGAUUUCUUUUAUCAUGGAGAUGAUGGAGCUAUCUAGCUAUCCGAUCGAAAUAAUUUUUCAUUUGUAAGUUCUAUCGACGCACUGCAAUCAAUAUACUUUCAAGGAAACAACUAGCAUCAUACUUAACUGGAAAAUGAACAAAUACUGUUCCUUGUCAUAUCGUUUUAUGAAUGAUGUACUGACACAGCCCAUGUCAGAGUGACAGCAUUGCUCAAGUCUAUGGGUAAGUGUUGAAUUCAUCCCAUUUCGGUGCAAGUAUACCUACCAAUUCUACCCAUUAGAAGAAUACCUAUAAAUAAAUCUCUACCCUUUAGUCAGUGCAAAACGCACGAUAUACAGCAUAGUUUUAAAUUCACCGAUCAAAUUGCCCAUAAGCCCAUUUCAAUCUGGAUGUUAGCAGCAAACGCAAACUUUAGCCGUAGGUACUUUGAACAGUCGAGCGUAGAAAGGAUCAUUUUAAGAACAAACAUUACAAUGGAAACCCGUUGCCAAAUAAAGCACUCUUCAAACUACCUAAUUACGAUAUCUACUUUUUGAGCAUAUAGCAAAACAGUGCAAAAGGAAAAUUUGAUAAACAACAGAAUCAAUCAUUAGAACAGAAUGAACCCAUUGGUACCAAUCGAAUAUAAAUUUAUUCUGUAGCGAACACCGUGUGCAUUUGCUAUCCAGAAAUUCAUUUUUUUCUAACAAUCAGUAAUUCCAAACAAUUGGAGAGAAAAAGAAAAAAAUUAAACAUGUAUGUAGAUUUUAUAAUUGCUAGAGUCCAAACUCGAAUGGCGCUGUAUGUGAAAUUCACUCGACCUGACUGCAUAGCAAAAAACACAAAGUACACUUACACAGAAACUAUCACUUCAGAAUUGCCUACUUUUAUUGAAGGACAAUGAGAAAAUAUUAUUAUUGAUUGACUUUACAUAUUUUAUCUGUUGUUGUUGAUAGUAUAAUUUGAAGAUUUAUUGUAGACUUUAUUUUUUUAACUAACAGAAGAAAAUCAUAUAAAAAGUCGUCUAACGCUUUGUUGAUGUAAGUGAGGUUUAUUAGGAGAGCAAAGUUUAUGGAAUAAAAUUAGCGAAUUCGAACAUUUUCACACGAGUCGCCUCUCAAGAAAAAAGACAGCGACUUAGUCAUCUUUGAUAGUGUGGUCAAAGAGCACAGUGAGAUAGUUUUUUUCCGAUUUGAUUAAACAAAUCUACCCGACACAGUCAACCACAACCUUUAGAACCGCUGCUACCGAAAAAGCAGUGUGAAACGACAGUUAAUACUAAACCACCAUUACAAUUAUAUUGAAUUACAGAUGCCGAACAGCAGCCGAUCAGUAAGAAAGAAGAACACAACACAACAGAACACGAUUUGAUAAUUGAAAAUGGAAGUAAACAAGCAAAAAUAACAACAGACGUCAGACACAAAACAAAAAAAAACAAUUUAUCAGUAACUAAAUCGAUGUUAGGAAGUCUUUAAAUAAUUACAACAUAAGCUAGCAGAUUGAACAGAGCAAAGAACUCAACACCCAGUAUUGAAUUAUUCGCAAGUAAAGAAGUUACUGAAAUUAAUAGAGUAAAUCGAUCAUUGCAUUGGCGAAACACAGCGUACGGAUACGGCAAGAAUGAAAAACUAAGCAAGGAGGUUUAAGAGCAAAAAAGGAUGGAGAUAGCAAAAUAGGGAAAUAAAUUGGAAUUCAAACAAA